AUGCUGAUUGAUCAGAAUCUGAUUACUAAGAUUGACUGUGUCUUUUACUUUAAGCUAACUUUAGAUCCCCAAUGUUCGUUCCUAAUUUGUGCAGCGUGCAGGGCGAUCAUCGAGGACUUCCACGCCUUUGUUGAGCAAGUAAAGCGCAAUCUGGUAACGCUGAGCGAGGGUUCAAGAUUAGUAAAGCAACCAGAUCCGGUGAAACCUGCAUGGAAUACGAUUCAGUUGGAAAUACUGUGCGAGUCAGAGACAACGGGUAGCACUCCACAAAACAUCAAUGUGCUUUCUGCCCAUUCUCUUGUCGAAGCGUUUGAUAAAUUCCAUCAGAGCUGGAUGCUCGAAGAGAACGUCAUUAAAACUGGCGAGGAAACACAAGCGCCUGAAGUCAGGAAUCUUAAUUUAGCGAAAGAAGCGUUGCCUGAAAUGAAACAGCAUUCAGUUAAAAAUAAACAAACGUUCUUCAAAGGUAGCGAAAUCAGCAAAGUCAGUAAACUUACACCCUCGCAGGCCGAAGCACACAUCGAUUCCGAGCUCACCAAUGAUCAGCUGGUACUGCGCCAUUACGAUUUGUCAUGCGAUCUUUGCUUGACACCAUUAACGGAUUUCGGUGAACUGCGAAAGCACUAUCGCUACGAGCAUAACUGCUCUGGGUAUCUUCUUUGUUGUAACAAGAAAAUUUACAAAAAAUGCUGGAUGAUAGAACACCUCCAGCUGCACCUUAAUCCCGAUGCAUUCCGUUGUUUGCUAUGCCGUAAAAGUUACUCUUCAAGCAAAGUUCUGAAGGAGCACACCAAAGAGGUUCACGCAACAGCUGCUGAUCGUACGUUGCGCUGUGACACUUGCCAGAAAGCGUUUGUCUCUAAAGCACACCUCAAUGCACAUAUAAUGGUAGCUCACGGAUCAGUUCCGUGUCCUGAUUGCGGGAAAGUGUUGGCGAGCCUUGGAUCGCUUCGUAAGCAUCGCGUUGCAAUGCACGGCGAGGGAGAGAAGCACGUGUGUGAAGUGUGUGCACGAGUAUUUCGCACAAAACAGUGCUUUUUGGUGCAUCGCAAGCAUCACGAAGGCCGGCGGAUGGAUAGCAGGGUCCAGUGUGGCGUAUGCUCAGUUUGGCUAACGGAUAAAUAUUGUCUCACGAAGCAUAUGCGACGCAUGCACACGGUGGCCGACUGUUCGUUGGAACCUUGCGUCGUCUGUGGCAAACAGCUACGCAAUAAGGACGCUUUGGCCUACCAUAUGCGCCGCGCACAUGCUGCAACUCGCUACGAGUGUGAACUUUGCCAUAAGCGCUUCAAAUUACUACACUACAAACGGGAACACAUAGCCAUAUACCAUACCGGUGAGGCGCUGUAUGGCUGCCCGUAUUGCACACAACGUUUUAGCACGAAAAACAAGCAAUAUCUGCACCGAAAAACAGUUCACCCGGCAGAAUACAAAGCGGAAGUUAGGAAACGCGUUCUGAGAGAGUAGAUCGUACCAAAUCGAAGUUCUUAAUGUAGAUCGCAAUACAUGUUAUAAACCAACUAUGUUGGUACUUUUCGGGGACUAGUCGAUUGUUACACGCUCCGAAUCAAUGAAUUAUUAUUAUUCUGCAUCUAAAAUCGCUGAGCCGUCUGGACUGCAACAGACUCCCUCGACUACUCGCCCUCGAGCGUCAGCCGGUCAUUCUUAAAUCGUCAUUCAAAUCUUGUCGAUGCAUUAUCAUUAUCUCGGCGCCUACCACGGCCUAAGAACACUCUGCGGACUGGAUCGUCGUUAUCCAUUCUCAUGACAUGCACAGCCUACCGGAGCUUGGUGAGACGUAUACGCUACACGACUGUAAGGUCACCGUACAGUGCGUACGGUUCGCUGUUGUACCUGUACACACAUUCCACAAAUACGGAGCCCAAAAUCAACCUGUUGACCGUCCACGGCGGAGAGUCAUCGUUACGAUGAUAUUGAAAGAAGGAAAACCCAUAGAGAACGAGGCAUUUCGUAUGAAACCCCAUAAAGGGGUCCAACUUUCUAGAGCCGUCGGUUCCUACCACGUUCCAGUAUUAAAUGAAUGUAAAACACAAAUAACAGACAGCAACGUAACACUACAAUAACAUUAUGAUCAUGUAUUACUUUGUUUUGUGCCAACUGAACUGAAAUGGCUUCGUCUACAAUCAGCAUUAGGGGGGCAGCGUUAAUCAUUUUCCACUUUUUAAAUACACCUUAAGCCGAUUUCGCUGUUAGCAAUAAACAAUAGGUGCCUUUCCUGGAAAACGAUCAUGAGACAGCUAUUAGUACGCUACAUCGGAUGGUUUUAUACGCAAAAUCACUGGUACGCUGGUGCAGGGCAAAAUCGCUACCUCGGUAACGACAGCCGUCACUAACUCCGGCGGCGUUACAUCGUAGUGAAGGUUUAAAAUAGUCAAAGAACUAAUCGUUUCCCAGCCGGUCAGCAUUGGCUUCGCCUCGGCUAAAUCACGCGUCCUCGGGGAUAGA